ACUCCAUACAAGGACUGGUGUUUUCCUAAGUGUUUAGAUUUUCUGGAAAGUAAAUGCUCACUAAGAACGUUUGAUCGACAACUGUGUCAAAAUGAAUUUAAAAGUCAUGUAUACUCAACGAUGAAUCAUCAGUCAAUAUCGAAAAGCGCGAGAAACAAAGCUACUAGACUUUAUAAUAAUAUAGAAGAGAUAUUUAAUUCAAAAGAAGUUUCUACUUUUUUCGAAAGAAUGGACGUAAAGGCGCUUGAAGAAUCCAAGAGGGAGUUACUAGUCGUCAAAAAAUCAUUGUUUGAAACAGAGGUUCAGCUCACUGUUGAAGAUCAAAAACUAGCAACUAUUUCUUCUAAUUCUACUUCAGAAGCCUCAAGUACUGGUGAAGCUUCCAAGAGGAAGCGCGAAGAAGAACAAGAAGCUGUGGAUCCAAGUGAGAAAUCCCUUCAAUACUUAUUUGGGACCGAUGUUCAAUGUUCUGAGAAUAUGAAAUCAAUCUGUCAACGUCAUAAUGAACUGUAUUCAAAUGACUCUUUAAUCGAUUUAUGUCCUAGUUCAAACUUCAUCAAACAACUUCCUUAUGGGACUCUGGUAUCAUACCUUAAAGAGCUUGAUGAUAGGAUCGAGAAUUUAAUUCCAUCUGAUUUACAUGAAUUUUUUACGAAUUUCUUCCAGCAAAAUUUGACCGCUGUGCGAAUUUUACGUAAAACAUUACCAUUAUUCAUCAUGGCAUUUUCGAUGGGUCCACAAAACCCUCUACUUAAUUUGGUUACCUUAGAAAAGCCACACCUGAACUCUUUUGUGCACCCAUGCUUGCAGGCUGUUUUGUGGUACAUAUCAUUGAUAAGCUAUGAAUUUGGGGAGAUUGGGUCCAAAAACCAUGUAAAGCGUGAAUGUGCUGAUGGUAUAGGUUACUUAAACACUGCUGACAAGUUCCAACUAGUAUAUGUGGAAGGAUCAAGGCCACAUGCUAGAGAUGAGAAAGAGAUAGCGGAUGCUACCAAAAUUUCAAAUAAUCUCCAAAAAAUUUUCUUAAACAUAGUCAAAGAUAACGCAAAGUGCAGAAGACGGCUACCAAAAUCUCUUGCCGUCUUUGGUGGACAAAGUUUCCAACUUCGAAUCCAUCUGCAAUUCAUGGAUUAUUGUGGAGAAAAGUUCCGGCUAAAUGAAGUAGAUAAUACGAAUCUCCCAAGGGAUUUCACGGAGAUGGAAGAUUUUGUACUGUUCUAUGAAUGCGUGAUAAAGUGGGCUUUGUUAGCUCGUGAAGUAAAGGAGGGGUUCGAGGAAUCGAGGGCGCAAAAGAGGCCUUCAAGGCUUUCAUACUUCAAUAACCUGAGUUUAGUCGACACUUUAUAG